AUGUCUGCCGUGUCAAUCUCAGGCCCAUCAAGACCAGGAUCACCAAGUUCAGUGACCUCUAAGAGUUCCAAUUACUUUGAUCAGCUUGAGAACAUAGACCCAUACAUGCCACUCCUCGACGAUACUGACAAUCCUGAGCAUACCACAAGUUCGUUUGGACAGCCUCUAGCGGCUACCUUUCCGACUACUAAGCCUGAAAAGCGAAGACGGCUUGAUGAGGCCAGCAAUUCAACAACAGGGAGACCUGUCAAAGUACAGAAGACACAGAGCUCGCCGAGCGUUAUGCGUGGAUUAGCGGCCGUAGCAUCGCCAGAAGAGCGCGAUCACUCUACUCCAUACAUCAUUGCUGAACUACCUGAGUUCCGAGAGGAAACUAGGCGUUUACCAUAUGGCGCUCAGUGGGAGAUUGCACGUCUCAUAUCUGCAGGGAUCAGUCGCGAUGCCUUUACGCCUGAGGUACUGCUACGCUUCCGCGGCGAGAAUGCAACGGCCGCUCCGGAGGUUGCUCGGUCCGUUGGGCGUGCUACAGCGGGAGUGUCGAUCACUGACGAUGCCUUCGCGGCUGCAUUCGCGAAGGAGAAGGCGACUCAGUUGCCAUGGGAUGAACUGGACAGAGAAGAGCGCAUACUCAGAUAUGAUCCGUAUGGCGGCCUUGGCUGCAACAGCGACAAAGAAUAUCUUCAAAAUUACCCUGAUUGGUAUGGCGGUCGGAUCCAGUUCACUGGCAAGCUAUCGUUAGUCAACAGGACACCGACAUUCAAGGUGUCGCUCAAUCGACCGGUGCUUGGUGCAUCGAAUCGUUUUGCCCGACGCUUCGGUUCACGCCAUCUUCUACGUCUCCAAAUCCCUGAAGAUCUUCGCCUCGCCCUGCAGAACAUUCCUGGUGGUGACAUCAGUCUUCUCUCCUUCUUCGGUCAACCCCUGAUCGUACACGACUGGAUCUUUCGAGCGUUCUAUGCGAAGGAAGACAAUGUUUUCCUCUACCAGACAAGCGAACGCUGGGACGGUGACACUAUCCAGAAGCGCGGAUCAAUCAAAUGCCGUGGUAUCCCGAAAGAGCUGACUUUUUAUGACUUCCUGAUGUGGCACAACCCAAUGCACUUCAAUUCGAAUCAGGCAAGUCCAAAUAAUACCUCGAGAUUCACACAGAAUAGGAUUCGUCUUCAGGCUGAACGGAUCAGAGAAGAGGAAGAUAUUGUCUGCGAUGCCUUCUGUGGCGAGGGUAAAAUUCCCAGUGAGAUGAUCAUGACAGAUGGCUGCGGGUUUAUUCAUCGGCAAGCUUUGAGGCGGAUCGAAGAGCAGCUCGGAUGGACGUUAGACACGAUGGUUGUGCAGAUGCGCAUAGGGGGUGCCAAGGCAUGUCCGUUUCCAGAACAGUGUUUAUCUCGACUAACGCGUGAACAGGGACUACUGCUGGCUGAUCCGCGUUCACUUUGCGGAGAAGAGACUGGUGCAGACGUCCGCCUACGCCCAUCGCAAAUCAAGAUCAAACUGUCUCAAGACAGCGAGAGCAUUGAUCCUGCAAUGUUGACGGUCGACAUCUUGCGUCCCGGACGACUCACCGGUCCAGCUCGCCUAUCGACCGAAACCAUUGUCAACUUCACUGAAAAUGGUGUUCCGGCGCAGGUAGUAUUCCAACUCAUGAGGGAUACAAUGCAGGAGAAAGUCGACCGCUUGACCACAUGGAACGAUCCGGCCAGUGUAUAUGAGUUGUGGUGGAACGUCCAACAGGCCGGCGGCGUCAUUAUGGAAAGAUUGUCACGGGAAGCACGUGGAGCUGCCCGAGCCAAGGGCUACACAAGUCGCGAUGGAAUCUCGCACAAAAAGGGUAGCUCUUCCGACGCUGACGAGGAUGAUGAUCUUGACAGCGCACUUCAAGAACGAUCAUUGGCAUGGUGGAAGGACCCGAUCAGUGGGUGUCCGUCGAGUCUGGAGGAGACAGUGCUUGUCCUGCUUGACAGUGGCUUCACGCCGGAUGCAUGUCCCGUUUUGGCCGCCAAAUUGAGAGAGGUAGCGAAGAAAGCGCUGACCAACUACGUCGACAAGUUUCACAUUGACGUAAUGAUGUCGUGUAAAGCGUUCAUGGUCCCCGAUCCAUGUGGUGUUCUCAAACCGGGCGAGAUUCAUGUAAGGAGCUCGUCCAGGAGUUUGGUAAACCAGGAUGGAGAGAAGACUGACCUCGUUCUGGGAGAUGUCUUGGUGACACGGCACCCAUGCAAGGUUCCUACCGACACUCAGAAGGUGAAAGCGGUCUUCCACGAGAAGCUGCGCUCGUAUACAGAUGUAGUGAUUGUAUCGACCGAAGAUCACUUUCAUAACGGGAAAUCACUCCACAGGCAUCUGGCCAGUAUGACCGGCGGUGGUGAUUUUGAUGGUGAUACUCUCGAGGUAUUCUGGGAUCCAACAAUUGUCUCAGAAUUUAAGAACGCCGAUCCUAGCUUUGCACAAGAACCUCUUGAUGUGCAAUCGGUUCUUGUCCAACAGCGUGAGACGGUCGACGAAUUUGUUCAACGAACAACUGCCUUGAGGGAAGAAAGACUCACCUGGGAGUACCAGAAGUACCUCCUUGCGGCUUUGAAUAAUAGCCGCAGAGUCGGCAUGUACUCGACAUGGUGGGAGACCUCAAUUUACGAAAAAGGGUAUGACCAUCCGGAAACUAUUUUUCUCGCAUAUAUGUUUACGACUGUACUCGAUGGCUCUAAGACAGGGGCUGUCGUAUCACAGGACAUCUUCUCGAAACAUCAACGUAUGUACGAGCGUGGGCCACUACCAUGGAGCCGAUUGGACACCAAAAGCAGCUCCCGGAAGCAGCCAACACGGAGUCCUGGACUCCCUCCAUUUAUACUGGAGAGGCUGAAGGAAGAGAUAGACAAAGCAAAAGGGGUGCAAGAGAAGCUGAUUGAUGAACGUCUCCCGUACAGGCUAUCGACGCUGCGGGAUGAGGACCUAGCAAAGCCCUGGCUCGAUGCCAUGGCGCGCGCUGCAGAGGCCAUGCAGCGCCACAACAAUGAGAAUAUGCAGCAGGAACUCGAGGCCAUCCGCACACACGUCGAGCAGACGUACACGCAGCAUCGCCAGAUGACCCUUCGCGGCCUUCGCAGACACGCCAGCGGUGGCGGCAGCAGUACGUUCGCGUCUGCGAGGAAAAGUUCAGACACGCCCAUGACCAGCCUACCCAUCGAGCAGCGCCAGGACAUGUUGCGCGAACUCUCAUACAAGUUCGCGUGCGGUCCGGCUGGCGCAGAUGGUACGCCUACAGCGCUGGUUUACUUCGAUGACGCGUCACUACGCCGUGUGCGCGCAUCGUACGCAUACGUCUACGACCAGAAGACGAGCUCGAAGGGCUGGUCGCGCUUCCCGUGGGACGUCGCCUUGGGCACGCUGUGCGAGAUCAAGGCGGGUACGCUGGGCCCUACGAAGAUGGUGACAGAUGACUUCUACGCACGCAUGACGCUGGCGAAGUCAUUCCUCAAAUGA